UCCAUGGCGCCGGGAGGAAUGGCCAAUCAGAAGGCUCGGCGCCGGUCACGUGCGGGCGGACAGUCAUGGCGUCCGAGGGGGACGGCGCGAGCGGAGCAGCUGCAGGCAUGGAGCCGCUGCAGGGUGGCAGAGCGGGGUGCGCGGACACCGGCAGCGAGAGCGGCUCGGACAGCACCUCGCUGUCCGCCAGCUCCGAUGAUCUUGAGCCUGAAUGGUUGGAUGGUGUGCAGAAAAAUGGGGAGUUAUUUUAUUUAGAAAUGAGUGAAAGUGAGGAAGAAACUUUACUUCAGAAUGCCUGUCCAGAAAUACCGCCGGUGAAUCAUGUCAGAUUUCGUGAAAAUGAAGCGGAAGUUAUUCAAGAGGGAUCACGAAAAGAAAGAAAGUAUGAACUGAAGAAACUGACAAAAAUAUUAAAGAAGAAGAAUCUUUUACCAAAGCAUUCUAGUAAGAAAGGAAGUGGAAGCCGUAAUGUGCGCUCCAGCGGUCCGACUUCCAUACUGAAACACAACUCCACUCAGAAAAUGGGUGAAAUACAGCAGAAGUACAAAGAUAUAUAUGUUUAUGUAAAUCCCAGAAAACUGUUGGAGAAUGCUGGAGAAGAUGAGCAGCACAGGCUGCUAGAGGCCUUAGUAGGAAUUGUCCAUCAGUCUUCAUGGAGCAGCAGAAGAGCAGAAAAACAAGGCAAGAAGGAUAAGGUUGCCAGAGGAAUCAGUGAAGAGAAGCUUGUAGUACAUGGCUUGGUUCCAGGCAGUUCGGCAAUGAAAACAGGCCAAAUCUUGAUUGGAGAUGCUCUAGUUGCUGUAAAUGAUGUUGAUGUGAAUUCUGAAAACAUAGAAAGAGUUUUGUCUUGCAUUCCAGGUCCUAUGCAGGUAAAACUCACAUUUGAGACAUCGGUAUUUGAACCUGAAGGAGCCUCUCAGCAAAGGUAUAAGCAGGAACAGUCAAGUAUGAACAACCUGGUUCGGCUUUUGUGGGGGGAAGACAGCAUGGGCCUUCAACAGGCUGUACAGAGCAUUCCUCAUAUUGUUAUGUUCCUCUCACUGAAACUGGACUCUGAAACAUCUAAGGAUGAGCAAGAAAUUCUUUAUCAGUACCCCAUAUCAGAAGCAUCCCAAAAACUCAAAAAUGUGAGGGGAAUAUUUCUCACCCUGUGUGAUAUAAUGGAAAGUGUUACUGGUGCCCAGAUUCUCAGUUCCUCCCUUUUCUUAUGUGAAAAACUAGUUCAAGUUGUUUACUGGAAAGAAUGUGACAAGUUGCUUGUGAUUGGCCUUCCUGAAGAAAAUGUGUCACUUACCCAGCUGAGAAACAUGAUUGAAGAUGUUGUCAAGACCUUAAAAUUUAUGUACAGCUCUUUAGACAGUGCUUUUUGCCAGGUGGAACAUGUUUCUCGUCUGGAUCAUUUUUUCAACCUGUUCUUCCAGCGAGCACUUCAGCCUGCAAGACUUAACUCAAAUGCCAGCCCCAGUGUUCAACACUACACUACCUGCAGUGCAUUAUUCUUAGACAGUCUCCCAGGCUUGCGCUGGCUGACUUUGCCUCAGGAAAUCAAGAUGGAAAUUGACACAGCACUGAGUGAUCUUGAAGCAGCUGAUUUUGCUGAACUGUCUGAAGAUUACUACAACAUGAGAAGAUUAUAUAUGAUUAUGGGCUCUUGUCUCUUCUACAAGGGUUACUUGAUUGGCAAUCACUUGCCAAAGGAAGAUCUCAUUGAUAUAGGUUUAUAUAGCCAGCACUAUUGUCUGUUACCCUUGGCAGCAGAACAGAAGAUCGGUCAGUUAGUGAUAUGGCGGGAAGUAUUUCCACAGCAUCAUAUCCAGCCAUGUGAAGUGGCAAAUUUUACAGGAUACACUGAACCCGAAGCAAGAUACUUCUUAUUGAUAGUUGGCUUGAGACACUUUAUGCUGUGUGUUCUGCUAGAGGCAGGAGGCUGUGCAUCAAAAGCCAUUGGGAAUCCAGGACCAGACUGUAUAUAUGUAGACCAAGUCAAAGCCACUAUACUUCAACUGGAAGGUAUAGAUGCCAGCAUAGAGGAGAGGCUAGAUUCUCCUUCCAUUCCACCUUUAUCUUGUGCUGACUGGUUCCUGCCUACAACACGUGACAAACUGGAGAGCUUAACCACCUCACCUAUGCUAAGUAAGAUACAAAAUGCUUCCAGAACAGAAACUACUCCAGCAAGCAAAAGGACUCUGUUUGGUGAUUCUUCCUUAACAACACGUAAGCCAAGUCCUACAAGAAACAGUGGAGGACCUGACCAUGGUAAUGAAGGUCCUGCAGAAGAUGAAAGCAAUAAUCAACACUCUCUAGCAGAUCAGGUUGCUAGAAAAAAACAUACCCUACCAAAUCCAUUUCAUUUAGGAAAUCUUAAGAAGAACUUGUCAGAGAUGGACAUGGAACUUUUUAACACUAUCAAGUUGACAUCUGGUCCUGAGAAUACCCUCUUCCACUAUCUAUCUUUGGAAACAAUGCAUGGAAUCUUUAUUACUCCAACUCACAAGGAAGUCGCACGGCUCGGGGGCUCCAUCCACCCUCAGUUAAUUGAGAAUUUCCAUCGUUGCUGUCUUUCAAUUCGUUCAGUUUUUCAGCAGUCCAUGAUGAAAGAAAAAAAGAAGAAAGCAGGCAGGAAAGUCUCAGAAUUUAGUAGUACAGAUGAAGACUUAGGUCCUGUAAGAGAACAUGGAGUUUUGUUUGAAUGCUCUCCUGAGAACUGGAAUGAUCAGAAGAAACCACCACCUACACUGAAUUACUGGGUUGUGGGAAGACUCUUCUUGCAUCCAAAACCACAGGAGUUUUAUGUUUGUUUCCAUGACUCAGUUGCGGAAGUUGCUGUUGAGCUGGCCUUCAAGCUGUCCUUCGGUUUAGCUACAUAGAUGAACUUUCUCAGUAUUCAGUCAUCCUUGUUCUCAACUCUCAAAGCAUUUAAGGGUAGCGAGAAAUGAACUCAAUUGAGGUGCCUGCUGAUGGCAUAUCUUUGAAAUGCUUUUAAAAAGGUAAAUCUACCUUGUGAUUUGACACAGAUGAAACUUCAGAGCUGAUUCUAAUGACCUAAUCAGUUGAAUACUUAUAAAAAAUUUCGGAGCACCAAAGUUUUUGUAUUUAUCGUCAAAUUAUUUAUCCUAAUUGUAACUUCAUUAUGUGAAAACCUCACAUAAUUAGUACAUUCACUGCUGUUCACUGUCCAGUAUUCAAUGUAAAAUGAUACACUGAUGUCCUCUUGAAUAUUUGGCAGUCACUGAUAGGGAAAAGUAAGUUUCCCAAUUGAUGAAAAUUUUGUGCCUCUAAGCACAUGAAAAAUACAGAAAUAUUUUCAGUAGCAUUGUGUUAAUCACAACAAAAAGAAACCUUUUAGAAGAAUAAUGAUGUUUAGCUACCCAAAACUGAUGGUGUAACAUUUUUGCUAGUGCACACUGUUAGACACUUGAGACCUACAGCGUGACUGAUGUUUUACCUGAUUUCAUGACUUUUAUCAUAAAUAAUGCUUACAUUUGUUAAAAAAAAAAAAUAGUUUUGAAGGCACAAAACAGGUGUGCUGAAGGUGAUAUUUUUGUUUAAGACCAAUGCAUGGAUAGCUACUUUUGUAUUAUAUUCAUAAUUUCAUAAUAAAAAAUAUAUAUUUUUAAAAGACCAGUACGGUGCUAUUCUAAUUUCUUUUGAAGUUGCAUAUUUUCUUUUUGUUCAUUUAAACAGUAUUUGUUUAGCUAGAUCUUCUACAAUCUAAUGCUGGAUACUGAAAAAAAAGUUAGGUUACACCUGUAUGAGGCAAAAGAAGGAAUGCUUGCAAGAUCAGAAGGCUUCUACGGAAUUCCGCUUUCCUACUAAUUGCUGAAAGGUUUGUGGUAGACAAACUAGCUGCUCUGACUGCAUUUGUUUAUUUAUUCAGAUAGUUUUAUUGAAGAUCUAGUUUAAAAUGUUUGAUUUUCUUGGGUCCUUUUUUUACCCCAUCCAGCACAUUUAGAUUUGGUCAUCUGCAUAGUAUCCAAUCACAUACUUUGUCAGUACUGCAAUUUUUUUUUUCUUUGCUGCCUCUACUUGCUAUCAAUAGGAUCAAAAGAAAAAAUAUAGAUGUAUUUAGGAAAUUAAAUUCAGUUGUUUAGGUUCUCAUGAUCAAAUCCUUAGCUCGUUUCAACUAGUAAACUGCACUCAGAGUAAUUCUAAACUGAGCCUUUAAAUACCUUUGACUGCUCACACUGGCUGAUUCACAGCUUGGUUUGAAUUGUUCAGGAGUUGCUUUCAUUUCACGCAGUAGGAAUCUUAAGCCUGAAGUUUAAGUAUAUGAUGGAAGGUUUUGUUAAUCAGCCCUUUCCGAAAUUGAUGAUUCCUUGAUGACAGCAUAUCAGUUUGAGAUGUACAGAGCAGAGUUGCAUCAGUAGUGCUUUUAUGUUUCCAUUCUCCAUCUAUAAAUUAUCUGAGAGAAUUACAUGUUUGAAUAUGGAUAAUAUAUGAACACCUUUAAAUCUAAAAUAAGUUUGGAAUGUUGUGUUUCUUUUUAGAUGAGAAAAGGAACACGGGGUGGGGGGGGGAAGCAAACAGUGGACACUGAAAGCUAGGCCUAAUUCAUUUUUGUUAAUUUGUUUUAGAUGGUUUUCUUUUUUGUUUUGUUGUUUUGUUUUUUCAGGGCACUUUGCUGCCAGCAUAGUGGGCUAAUCUCAGUUGACAUAGUUGGGUUAAGUCACUGCAGAAAAAACAGUGAAUAUGUAGUGUGUGUGGAAGUAAGAAGAAGGAUUGAAGGGGCUCCUUCAGUAGCAAUCAGCUAUGAGAGCUGCGCUGAAAGUAAUGUCUUCUAUUUUAUUAUGUUGGCCCAUGACAUCAGAGGUAGAUGUUGAUGGUACGGCAGUAA